CAUGAAAACGCUCAAAAUCGAUAUAGUCGUUUGAUGGAAACCAUUGAAAAAGAUACAAAUAAAGCCAUAAAUUAAGGUGAAUUUACACAAAAUAGUUAUCCCUGUCGCCGGGGAUAACUGAGGGGAUAAUUAUGUCGAGAUUAUAAUAGCUAUCCAGACGGCGGCCAUGUUGAAUAUAGUUGAUCAUACUGAGCAUCGUGUCUGACUCGAGAUUCGAGAAGGUUCUUUUCCGACGUGACCUUACUACCGUUAAGACGUCAUUUUAUUAACGUGCAAAGAAAAAAAAAGGUAUGCAGUGCCUAUAAUUAUCAAUUAAAUUUUGUCUGUUGUUAAUUAAGUGAAUAACCUUAAAUAUGGCUACUGUAGAAGUUGAGUCUCAAUGGGUUGAAACAUUUCAAUCAAUUUUGAAAGACGAAAUCACUUCCCCAACCAAAAUAUCCCGUCAUUUUCGUGCACGUGGUGCAAUAAGAAAAUAUGAAGGUACCUAUGAUGCGGAUGAAAAAAAUCACUUAGAUGCUCAUUAUGAAGAUUUACUGAAACAACAAAGAGAACAUGAUAAAAAAAUUUCAGAGCAGCGUGAAAUGCGCAUGGCCCGCUUUCGUUCACAUUUCGUUAGUCAGCCAAAACUUGAAACAAUUUGUCAAGAUUGGGUAAAUGAUUUCGUUGAUUCAGGCUUCACAACAUACAAGUUUUGUGAUUAUACCUUUCAAGGUCAUAGAACUAAUCCAGAUGAUUUAAAAUAUAUGAUUUAUCUUGGUGGACGUAAUUUGACAGAGCUAAGUAUAUGUGGAUAUCCUAAUUCUCAAAUAAUGCCAUUGAUCAAGUCUAAUUGUAAAAAGCUCGAAGAUCUUUACUUGAAAUUUGAAGUAAUGGAAAGUAAAGAUUUUGAAGAUGUUUUUUCUAACAUGUCUCAUCUUAAAAUAUUAACAAUUGAUUGGCAAUGUAAAGAUCCAACUUUACCAAUGACUUUGGUCAAAUCAAUUGAACAAGUUCGUGAAACUUUGACAAAAUUUACAAUUUCAUGUGAAUCUAAACAAUUUCAUCCUUUUGGCUUACCAGAUUCAUCGAUUGAGAAAUUUUCUCAAGCAAACGAAGCUUUAAUGACUACAGUUGAGAAUAUGAAAAAUCUCGAGUGUUUAACAAUUAGUUGGGCUUAUGGUGUUACAGAUGAAUUCUUGAUUAAACUUUUUGAUAAUGCUAAGAAUUUAAAAUAUCUAUGUAUAAGUGGUUCAUGUAUAACAGAUAAGGGUAUAAUUGCACUUGAUAAAUUAAAUCAAUUAGAAUCAUUUAGUCUUGAUGCAAUACAAUCAAAAAAAUAUAAUAAGUUGAUCACUGAUGAGUCAAUUCAGCGUUUAUUCAGCCGAACAAUUAACAACUUUGACAUAUCAAAUUGUAUUCAUGUCACUAAUAGCUCAGUGAUUGAACUUUUUAAGCAUUUACCAAACUUACGAGUUUUGCAUGUUGAAAAUACACAAGUAAACUUGGAUGGUAUCAAAGAAAUUGCUAAAUUAAAAAAAAGUAAUCAUCUAUUGAAGGUAUAUACUUCUUUUAAAAUUAAUGAUGAUAUUUACGAAUCAUUAUGCGAAUCAAACUUAUCAUGUGUCUGUACUACAUCAGACACUGAUAACUUGAAUGAAGAUUAAUCUACUCAUUAUCAUUAUUGAGUGUAUUUUUUCGUGAACAUGUAGUUUAAUUUUAUUUUAAAAAAAUAUUAUUAAAACAUUAAUUUUUUUCUGUUGAACAAAAAAUGGUUAUGUUCAUAUCAAUACAAAUAACCUUAGAACUUGAAGUUCAAAUAAUUUAUUAUUAAUAUUGUACUAAUUAUUAACCACAAGUUGAAUUGUAAUGAUUUAAUAAAAAUAAUAAAUAAUGUUCUGCUUAGAAUAUA